GCCACUCUCGACGCGGGGCAUCCAGCUGACUUCACCUUUAUGCCAGUGUGGCCAGAGGACUAAACUCACUGGCGUCUUCCGCUACAUGAGACCGUAGGUCACGGGAGCAUCGUCUAAGAUAAAUAAACAGUUUUAGAAGGAAGGUGAACACACAAUUAUUUUAUGAAUCUGGCAAAUUAUUCGUACUAUUCGGGCAUGUGCAACAUGACGGCCGAGACGACACAGCACUCGCCGGUGGAGGCGUCCAGCCCUGUUGUCCUGUCCCCGAACGUCAGCCUGGACUCCCCGCUGCCUCCGCCGUCUGUGAUGACACAGGCCCGGUCCAAAGACAACGUCCUCAUCAAGUCUGAGCCGGGGACCAGUCCCAACACGGAAGACGGGACCGAUUUGGGUCACAGCGAGGACCACCUGUCGACGACGGGCAGUCGCCGCCGGAAAAGGCCCGUUCAGAGGGGGAAGCCGCCCUACAGCUACAUCGCUCUCAUCGCUAUGGCCAUAGCCAACUCGUCGGAGAGGAAACUCACCCUGGGGGGCAUCUAUAAGUUCAUCAUGGAGCGCUUUCCCUUCUACAGAGAGAACUCCAAGAAGUGGCAGAACUCCAUCCGCCACAACCUCACCCUCAACGACUGCUUUGUCAAGAUCCCGCGGGAGCCAGGCCGGCCCGGGAAGGGCAACUACUGGACUCUAGAUCCCGCCGCGGAGGACAUGUUCGACAACGGCAGCUUCCUGAGGAGGAGGAAGAGGUUCAAGCGAACCGACGUGAGCACAUACCCGGGAUACAUGCAGAGCACCAGCGCCUUCACGCCGACCCCCAUGGGGAGGCCCUCGUACACUAACACCCUGUCGGGUAUCGGUUCCGGCUACGGGACCCAGCUCGCCACCUCUCCGCACCCGUCCGUGCCCUGUGGCGUGGAGACCCAGCCAUGGAGGCGCUCCCACAUCAAAGGCCCCGCCGCCACAUUCAUCCCAUGA